CCGAGAACGAGAUGGCUACCCCUACAGCCACUGCCCCGCGCCGCAAGGUCAUGUUCCUGUCAAACUCCGACCGUGGAGAGAUAGGCGUGACAAUUGCCACGGCACAGGCCAUCCUCGAGACGACCUCUGACGUCGAGGUGCACAUUGCCACAUACGCGGGUGUCGAGGAGCUCAUCAGCAAGGCGUUGCCCGUUGUGUACCACCGCAUCGAGAGGUCGGCCUCGUGUCUGGAGAUGCUGACGCUGCUCGCGAGCCGCAAUAUCAAGACCAAGCCGGGAUACCUGCCACUGACGUUCCUCAACAAGCCCAGCUUCGGCAACACGCUGCAGGCCAUACGAGAUUGCAUGCCGAUCUUUGUGCCCAUGAGUGGCCCGGCGAUGGAAGAGAUUGUGCUGGACGUCCUCAGAAUUAUCAAUGGCGUCAAGCCCGACUUCCUGGUAGUCAACAGCGUGAUGACAGUUGGCCUCACUGCAGCCAUGCACUCAAAGAUCUCCAUGGUCAUCCUCAGCCCGAACUCGAUCAAGGAGUUUGUGGCGAGCCUGCAGCCACAGGCGGCCGUCCUGUGGAAAUUUCCAGCCAUCUUCUCGGGAUACUCCUACCCGAUCCCCUUCUUCCAGAAGCCCGUCAACAUCAUCUACACCCUGUGGGCAGCCGCCGUGUUCAAGACCGACCCGCACCGCAAGGCCGUGGAGCAGCACCUCGAGUCGAGCUCGGGCAUCAAGAUGUACACGGCGGCCGACCUGAUCCAGAACCGGAUCCCGGGGAUGCAGAUCCUGGUGGCCUCGAUGCCGGAGCUCGACUACCCGCUCGUGAUCCACGACCACAUCCACCCGCUCGGCCCCAUCGUGGGGCGGUGGGAGCCCAUCCGCGAGACGGACCCGGAGCUCGCGGCGUGGCUGGCCCGGGCUCCCACGCUGUACAUCAACCUCGGGUCCCUGCUGCUCACGGACGAGGAUCAGGCCCUCGAGAUGGCGGCCGCGGUCAAGGCCGUGCUGCGCCGCGCGGGGGAGGCCGGCAACGAGGACAUGGCCGGCCUGCAGGUCAUCUGGAAGCUGAGGAAGUAUGGCGAUUACGACAUCAAGGACCCUAAGUGUGCCAUGUACGACAUCCUCGGCGCCGAGAUGGAGGCCGACCGCGUGCGCAUCGAGAAGUGGUUCAUCCCCGAGCCCUUGUCCAUUCUGCAGUCUGGGCACAUUGUGUGCUCGGUACAUCACGGCGGUGCCAACUCUUUCAACGAGGCUGUCAUUUCCGGUCUGCCCCAGGUCGUCCUUCCACCCUGGACGGACUGCUUCGACUAUGCCCAGCGCGCCGAGCUGCACGGCAUUGGCAGGUGGGGCUCAAGAAACAGCAACCCGCAGUGGGCAGCCCAAGAGCUGGCCGCGUCCAUGAGCUGGUGUCUGUUUGGAGAGACAGCCGCCGGGGCUAGGCAAAAGGCCAAGGCCCUGGCUGACCUGGUCAAAGAGAGAGGCAGUGGUGCCGUCAAGGCCGCCGAGUACAUCAUAGGUCAGAUUAACACCGUGGCAACCGAAGGGCAAGCUCAGGCAUAA